AUGGUAACUCAGAUUACAACCUCACUCUCUCUUUCUAUCUAUCUAUCUAUCUAUCUAUCUAUGGAUUGCUUAAAAAUUCCUGAGGCUACAGAGUUCUAUUUCCUUGGAAUUUUUUGUGUAGAAGCUUUAUUGAAAAUAGUUGCAUUAGGAUUUGCACUUCAUAAAGGAUCUUAUUUACGAAACGUCUGGAACAUCAUGGAUUUUGUAGUAGUUGUAACAGGAUUUAUUUCAAUAUUUCCUGCAAGUAAUUCAUUUGAUUUGCGGACACUGCGAGCUGUUAGAGUGCUUCGGCCGCUGAAAUUAGUUUCUGGAAUUCCAAACAACAUUGAAUAUGGAGAUGAAGAUACGAUACGACCCUGUGCAAAUGAAGGGAGUGGAUAUCACUGUCGUGCAAAUAUUGCAAAAUGUCGCUUCAAUUGGGCUGGUCCUAAUUAUGGGAUUACUAGUUUUGACAAUAUGGGAUUUGCCAUGUUGACUGUUUUCCAGUGUGUAACGAUGGAAGGAUGGACUCAAGUAUUAUACUAUACAGAUGAUGCUGUAGGAGAUGCAUACAAUUGGAUAUACUUUGUACCUCUUAUAGUGUUGGGAUCAUUUUUUAUGCUCAAUUUAGUUCUUGGUGUCCUCAGUGGAGAAUUUGCAAAAGAGAGAGAACGAGUAGAAAACAGGAGAGCUUUUUUAAAAUUACAGGAGAAUUAUCGAAGCCCGCAGAUUAGCUGCUCAAAAAGCGGUUCAUUUGGAAGAGGUCUCAAGAAUAGAAAAGCCCAUGGUAGGUGUGCUGGAUUCUGGAGAGCUGAAAAACAUCUGCGCUUCACAAUUCGAAAAUGUGUGAAGACUCAAGGAUUUUACUGGUUUGUCAUAAUCCUCGUGUUUCUGAACACACUAUGUGUAGCCUCAGAACAUUAUGGCCAGGCAGAAUGGCACACAGAAUUUCUAUAUGUUAUGGAGUUUGCUUUUUUGGCGCUUUUUAUGUCAGAGAUGCUCAUCAAAAUGUAUGGCUUGGGUGUUCGUCUGUAUUUCCAGUCAUCAUUUAAUAUAUUCGAUUGUGUUGUGAUUCUUGUUAGUAUUAUUGAAGUCAUUUGGUCAGCAAUUAAAGAUGGUUCAUCAUUUGGUAUCAGCACACUCCGUGCCCUAAGGCUGCUUCGAAUGUUUAAAGUCACUAGGAUGAAUUUUGAAGAAGGAAGGCCUCCUAGUCAUUUCGAUACUUUUCCUAUCGCUUUAUUAACCGUGUUUCAAAUCCUAACUGGAGAAGAUUGGAAUGAAGUUAUGUACAGUGGAAUACGGGCCCGUGGUGGCAUCGGUGGUGGAGGAAUGUUAUAUUGUUCAUACUUUAUUGUUCUGGUACUUUUUGGAAACUACACACUGCUGAAUGUGUUUUUGGCCAUCGCUGUCGAUAAUUUGGCCAAUGCUCAAGAGCUAACUGCUGCUGAGGAGGAACAAGAGGAGGUACGACAAGAGCGUAUGGAAGAAAUUGAAAAAGACUUAUGUCAGGACCAGUAUGGGCUAACACCUCCACAAGUGAACAUCUGCCCUCCAUCACCACAGAAUAAUGAAGACCUAAAAACUGGGAACUUUCCUUAUAAUACUUCCCGUUUGGACUCUAAUCUUAACCAGAACAACCUUAAAGAUGAAAGGAAUAAGAUUGGUGCAGAUACGGACUUAAAAAAGGAGCGUGAUCCUUUGGACAAUAUCAGUUUAAAUGAAUCCACGGCAGAAGACCCUGUCAAUGACGAAUCCGUAAACAACCAAAUCCUGAAUUAUUUUGAUUAUGUUUUCACUGGAGUAUUUACGAUCGAAAUGUUACUGAAGUUCUUGGGUCAAUAUUUUGAUUAUGAAGAUAAGUCAGAUAAACCACGAGUUAAAAACAGAGAAUGGCUACGGCAAGAUUUUCAUUAUGACAAUGUCAUGUUUGCUAUGUUAACAUUAUUUACUGUCACCACAGGAGAAGGUUGGCCAACAGUUUUGAAAAAUUCCAUGGAUUCCACCAGUGAUGACAUGGGACCAAAACCAGGUUACCGCAUGGAAAUGGCAAUUUACUAUGUUGUGUUCUUCAUUGUCUUUCCAUUUUUCUUUGUUAACAUCUUUGUGGCCUUAAUCAUCAUCACAUUUCAAGAACAAGGAGAAAACGAGUUAGUUGAUCAAGAUCUGGAUAAAAAUCAGAAACAAUGCAUUGAAUUUUCGAUCGAAGCAAAGCCAUCCUGUCGAUAUAUGCCCAAAAAUAAAAAUUCGAUAAAAUAUAAAAUAUGGCAAGUAGUGGUGUCGCCUAAGUUUGAAUACGUCGUCAUGGUUCUCAUUGCUUUAAAUACAUUAGUUCUCAUGAUGAAGAAGUCCCUUUUCAAUGUAACACUAAUGCUGAACCUGAAACUGUUCUUUUUAUUUAUUUCUAUCUAUCUAUCUAUCUAUCUAUCUAUCUAUCUAUCUAUCUAUCUAUCUAAGCAUUUUUUAUCUGGUCAGUUUCCAUCUGACUUCUUACUUGUGUGUUAG